CUGAACCUGUCCACACAGGACCUGGACCUUUCCACACCGGAACCUGUCCACACAGGACCUGGACCUGUCCACACCUGAACCGGAACGUGAAGGACCUGAACACCUCUUGUCAUGAGUCUAGAAUCCUGCAGACUGAUCCUGAAUCUGAGAGAGAACACCUGGACCGGUGUGACAUCUGGAUUCCAGUUGUGUUGAUUCUGCAGGUUCUGUUCGUCCUGCUGGUUCCCACAGGCAGUGGCCAUGCUGGGAAGGAUGGGAGCGUUUACUGGAUGCUGCAGGUUUGAGCUCAAGCAGUGCCGCUCGCUCUCCUCCCCAGUCCUACCAAGACUUCAUUACCCAGCAGGCAGUGGGGGCAGGAAGGACAGGACAGGACAGGAGGCGGGACAGAUGAGCUUGGCUCAGAUCAACUCCAUCCUGAAGGCCAACGAACACAGCCACGCCCCCCCCAGGGGACCGGCCUCCCACGGUGUGCUGGGUUUCCAUAGCAACAUGCUGCCAUCCAAUCAGCCCGGAGAGGACCGUCGCAGCAGCGCCACCUACCUGCCGGGGAGGGGGGGCCUGCUGUUCGGAGUGUUCGACGGGCACGCGGGGCCGGCGUGUGCCCACAGCGUCAGCCAGCGGCUCUUCUACUACAUCGCUGUGGCCAAGCUGCCACUGGGAACACUGGCGGAGCUGGAACGCGCAGUGGAGGAGGAGCGGGCCGUACCACCGCUGCUGGAGUGGCACCAGCACCCACAGGACCACAGCUUCCCCACCGGGGGAGCCACCUCCUCCCACAGCCUGAGACUCUACUGGCAGGAGCGGCUCCAGGACCAGGACCAGGAGGACGGCAGGGUGACCCCGGCGCUGGUGAAUGCUUUCCGUCGUCUGGACUGGGACCUGUCUGUGGAGGCCCAGGUCCACCUGUCCUCGUCCUCGCCCAGACGGCUCUCUCUCCCUGGGGAGAGGUCUCAGUCCUCCCCUCUCCGGGUGGCGCUCUCCGGCUGCACCGCCUGCGUCGCCCACAUCUCUAACGGCGUCCUGCACGUAGCCAACCUGGGAGACAGUCGGGCCGUCCUGGGGGUCCAGGAGCCGGACGGGCACUGGUCGGCUGUCAGCCUCACCAACGACCACAAUGCACAGAACCCUGAUGAGCUGCAGAGGAUCUUCGGGGAACACCCGGCGUCAGAGAGGAGGACAGUGGUCCGCCACGAGCGCCUCCUGGGUCUGCUGCUGCCGUUCAGGGCCUUCGGAGACGUCCGCUUCAAGUGGAGCAGAGAGAUGCUGAGUCGAGUCCACGAGGCUCGAGUGGACCUCCGGUCUGUGGUCGGGGAGGGGGUCCGGACCCCGGCCCCUCAUUACCUGACUCCACCCUAUCUGAGCGCCCAGCCGGAGGUCAUCCGCCACCACAUCAGACCCUCCGACAAGUUCCUGGUCCUAGCAACUGAUGGAUUAUGGGAGUUAAUGCACAGACAGACCGUGGUCCAGCUGGUGGGGGAACUACUGACAGGCCUUCAGCAGCAGAGACCCCUGGUUCCGAGCAGAGGCAUGACGCUGGGUGGACUGCAGCGCCUCCUGCUGGAGAGAAGGGGACAAGUGAUGUCUGUGCUGGAGGACCAGAACGCCGCCACACACCUGCUGCGCCACGCGCUGGGGGACGAUGGGUACGGAGCCGUGGCCCCGAACCGUUUGGCCAAGAUGCUGAGUCUGCCAUCAGAGCUGGCACGAAGGUACCGUGAUGACAUCACCAUCACCGUCAUCCACCUGAACGAGCCUGACCUUUGACCCAACACCUGGUGACCUGCAGGAGUUCAACAGAUCUCCGGCCUCCAUCGACCUUUCACAGCUGAUGGUCCUAAUGAGCUGGACAGGGUGUGAGGCUUUGGGCCUGUCCUCAUCAGAAGGCGUCUGAUUGGUCCAGAUUCAUCCAGCCACAUGAAGGAGGAGUCAGCUGCGGGUCAGUUAACUCAUCAUGAACUGACGAUCAACUGACACCUCACUGGACCGUGAUGGUGAUGUAAUGAUGACAUUCUGUUCAACAAUAAACCACUUUAAACUGGUUUCAA